ACCACAUAUCCGCGAUCAACAGCUAGCUUAGGUUUGUUGUGGGAAAAGUAGCUUAAUUUACUGUUCAUAUCUAUGCACCGUUUCUUUACUGUUGAUAUCUACGAACCGUUACAUCUAUUGGUGAGAACAGAUGUUUAAAUUAAAGUCCAUAACACAGUGUAUCGUUUUGAGAGGGAACGUCAUUGUUACAGCAUCUCUCUGUAUCAUAAAAACCUGCAGCUUUGAGCUGGAGAGCCGGUAACUUGAACCACUGCCAGACUGUAACGUACUCCUGCUUCACGACACUCAUUUCACAUGAGGAGGAAUCGUGCUCCGUGUGUGAUCAAGGUGUACACUUUGACGUACGCAGAUGCAUUUAACAACAUUUAGUAGGAGCUGGUUUGCAGAGGAGGCUGUGAGACACCCAGCAGCAGCGGGCAUGGAGGGAUGUCUGAAGCAUAAGAGAAAGAGAAGCUAUCACUAGGGAGAGAGCCAGUGUUUCCUCCAGACCAGCACGUUUUUUUUUGAUUUAUCAGUGGAGAGCAGCUGGUGUCGGAUCAGAUCAGGGCUGCUGUGAGGCCUGACCUCCACGUGAGGCUGUCUGAUGAGCUCUGUCCACGGUUCUGAACUGGUGUGCUGCAUUGUGAGUACAUGCCAGUACAGCAGGCUGCCUGUCUAAUCUGUAUAGCUGUUGAGUUGAAUACCAUCUGUAGCCAAAGUUUGGUGGAUGCCCUAAAUAUAAGUCAAUUUAUUUAAAAAAAAAAACAACUUUAUUUGCCUGUAGUCUUUUCAACAGACUAAUACUGUCAUUUUCCACUUCCUGUAUGCUGGAGAUUGUCACUCUGCAUAGAAAGUGAGUACUUUUUGCAGCAGAUUAUAUUUCACCUAUACUGUGUGCUGGACAAAAAUACUGUCAGGCUGAUAAAAUACAUGUCAUGUCAUUCUCACUAGUGCUGAAAUGACCAGUUGAUUAAUUACUAAUUCAUUGAUGAUAGUCUUAAUUAUUGCUAAGUCGUUAUCAAGCAAAAAUGCUCCUUCCUGCUUGUCAAACAUGAGGAUUUGAUGCUUUCUCUGUUUUUCCAAUCAUUGUAAAUUAAAUUGUUAUUCAGAAAAUAAUAUGAAACUAAUGGUUCUUCUCACUCAGCCUUUUUGCUGAGUAUAGAAAUCCUCUGUUUGUUAUGAGGAAAUGAUCUCAUCUCAUUUCUGAUCAUCGACCUGCAACGCAAAGCUUCAGCAAAUGCACAUCUGCUUUAAGAGCCGGUCGUUUACAGGAUGCAGGGAGCGAACACUGUGAAUAAUUUCUGGUUUUCCUAUCAAGGAGAAUAAUUUGUACGCAGAGGCAUCUUACCUUCAUAUUCAGUGUUUGAAUUUGAAUGGAAAUAUCAUAGUUUAGGGUCAUUUCGAGAGAGAGAGAGAGAGAGAGAGAGGAUUUGUCUCCUCACACAUACAUGUUGAAGUGCUUGUAUUUGAGAGCGAGCCUAAUUGGAUUAAUUCUUGUGACAAAUGAGGGUCACUCAUUUGAUUUGCGGCGCCCGGUUCAACUCCUUUCUGUUUAGCAAUGACAGAUGAGCCGUCAUUGCUAAUGUAAUUAAUUAGACUAAAACCUAAAGUCUUUCUUUUCUUUUUCUGUAUAAAUAACUAUGGAUUUUACGACGUUAUUCCCAGUGGACGCUUCUGUUCGCUUCCAAUUUCCAUUUGCUCUUACGAGCUUAUUAGCGCGUCACAUCUGGUGCUCACGGGCCCCGGCUGACGGGAGCUCUUUUGAAACUUUGAAACUUAGAACGUGGCUUCAGACAAAAUUUAAAUUUGAACACGAUAACUUAUGUACUGUUCUCCUGAAAAGCAUCUGAACGAGCAGAUUGGAGCAUCUUCUGCAUCUAACAUCAAUGGAUAAACACUGAAGUCAAUCAUUUACCCCGUGUACAUGUUCAGAGACUGAACGGUGAGCGAGCAGGGCUCUGGACUCUGGGCCUGCACUGUGAGGUAAUUGGAGCCUGAGAUAGGAUCCUCACAGGGGCUCAUGGGAGAAAGGCUGGCUGCAUUUCCUUAAAGGCUCCGGGGGUUUGCAAGGGCAGAGCUGCCAUCACAUACCAGGGUCAUACAGCGUUAUGCAACUGCUGAACUGUGGAGCUGCAGACCAACGUGAAAUAUCAAGAAGAAGAAGAAGAAGAAGAAGUGCCUUGGCACAGAAUAAAUGCCAAUUAUUGUUUAGUGUUUUAUGAAAGAUGGCAGCUCUGUGAUGGAGAAAGAAAAGCCAGGAUGAACCUGAUAUAAUAUUUAAUUAAUUUGACCCGCUGAGUGUCUACGAAACAGGAAGAACAGUGAAUGAGUGAACGAAGGAGGGAUUUUGGAUGCAACUCAAGCAAAUCAUCAAACGUUCCCAUUUGAGAAUCCGAAACGAGGGAAAUCUAUUAUAUUUAUGGAAAAUGUGUUAUGCAUGAGAUGUGUUGGAAAGCAUCUUCCCAGACACUGAUCAUAAAUUCCCUGUUGUGCCUCUGCUGUCUGAGUCUGCUGCACUGUUGAUGCUGAAUCAGCAGAAUCUAACCAGCAAGCUGCACAGUGCAGCUCAGCAGCAAACGGCUCCAGGGGCAACACAGUCCAGCCGUGCUGCUCUUUAAUCCAGAGGUGCAUCCUGGUCCCUUUGUGAUGAUGAAUUCAUGAACACUGUAGACAGUACAGGUUGAGGACAGUCCCAAGAUGUACAGAGUAUGUUUGACUGCUGGUAAGAGUUUCACGGAGUGUGUGGGGGGGUGAGUUGUUGUGAGUCUGCAUGUGACGCGCAUGCUUCCACUUUCUCGAGUACGUAAUAGACUUUGUGUCUCCUCGGCUGUAACACCCAUCUCACAGCUUAAGAGGAACAACAAGAGGCCUUGAGUGGUUGUUCAGGUUUGCUGCUCUGAGGCUCCAGCGUGUCAGAUGUUUACUGUGAAGGGCUGUAGAGGGCCACUGUAGGUGUUGCCAUGGCGAUUGGGUUUGUCAAAGAUGGCGUCUGUGUGUGUGUGCAUGUUUGAAGUACGGCUGGUAAAAUCAUUUUCAUGAUUGAUUUAUAUGCAGCUUAUAAUAUGUAUAAUGUUUAUAUUCCGUUUCCUAUCAUAUAUGAUAAAGAACGGCAGCAAAUAAUCACAUUUGAUGAGCUUGAACCUGAGAAUAUCUGGCAUGUGUGAACAAUGACUCAAACAAUGACUGAUCAUUUCCGCACAGAUUAUUUCAGUAUGGUGUGUGUAUCGGUGUGUUUGCUACUACAGUAGGUGUUGCUUGCUUACUCAACAAAAUAACAGCAAUUUACCUGGAAAAAGCUGUUUUCCCUUCGCUGACUGAACAGACGCCAACAUACUGACUGCAUCACUGAUGGGGUUUCCUCUCACAUCUUCCUCUCACUUCUAACAGCCAGAGGAGUUCUCAUUCAGGACAACAACAACAGAGGCGUUGUGUGGGUGAGUGUGUGUGUGUGUGUGUGUGUUUCAGCAGCUGCACUGUCACUGAAUGAGUCACUUCCAUUUUCUUGCCAUGUUUCAGCUUCAGUGUGAGCACACUUUGACUCCAGCAGCUGAACCUAUAAGAGCUUCAAUGGACACGGUCUCUCUGCACUGGGCAGUAGAAGAAUAAAAAGGUUAUUGAUCACAAAGAAAGUGGGAAGCACAGAGGUCCUCCUCACUCGCCCUGGAGUAUUGAUUGCAUUCUUUUAACCCUGGAGUGUGAGAAAUUGUCUCUACACAGAAUAUUAAACAUUGUUCAACUAUACAAACACACACACAAAUAUCACAGUCAUGUUUUCUUUCUCUCUGUCUUUAAUCCGCCAGACCACGCAGGCCACAGUCUGUGUCUGCGUUUAAUUACCUCACUCUACAGUACAUUGUCAAUGUGAAAUGAUAUCACUAGGUCUAUGUUUCCAAGGCCAAGAGGGAACUUUUAGUCUCAGUUGUUAUUAAGCCAAUGGAAUAAUGUUCAUUUAGAUAUCUGCAAUGCCACGGAGGACUGUGUGGUGUGAUCGAAAGCUCCAGAGAAGCCACUUUAAAGGCAUUGAUGUUUUCUUUGGAUUUGCAUUGAAUUAAUUGAAUUCCCAUACUUCCAUUGAGUUUCAUUGAAAUCAAUAUUUGUGGAACGUCAGAGGAUGUGACUGGUGUCGCGCAUCAAACCUCACUGUUUAUUACAGAGUACGGAGAAUGUGAUUUACUGACAGUUGGGACUGAAUGCUCAGUCAGAUUCUUAAACUUGUUUAUUUUUUUAAAAUGUGAAUCUUUAUUGAUAAAAGGGACAUUUUGCCUUGCUCAAGGGCACCACAGCACUCUGCAUAUUCCCCGGAAUAGGUCGACAUUUUGGAAAAUACUGUAAGAGGAAGCAUGAGAUGAGAAUACCAUUCCAUAAAUAUCUCGCUGGAGACGGUUAGCUUAGCAUAACGGCUGAAAGCAGGAUGAAACAGCUAGCAUGGCUGUGUCCAAAGAUAAACCAACAAAAACAGCAAAUAGUCACUAAUUUAAUAAAAAAUACAAAUAAUCCAAACAAUUAAAAGAUGUUUGAGCGCUUUAGAGAGAAAGAGGAACAGGAGGACUUUGACUAAUGACUUCAGGAUGUUGGAUGUUGUCAAAUCACAGCAGGAGAACAGCCUCAAUUAUAAGAGUGUGUUUUUCUUUACAAGACCAGACCUGCGACCCCUUUCAGCUCUCCCUUUGCCCGCACCGGGGUCGUAUAUUACUGCCUGCAAUAAUGGGAUGGAACACUGGGGUCAAACGGAAUGAGCCCCGCAGGGAGGAACAUGAUUAGAUGAUACACAGAUGGCACACAAUGGUGGAGACGAGCGUCUGUCUCAUAGUGGGCGGACAACUUGGUUCUGUUUGAGUCUGUCGUGACUUAAAGGAUUGUCAGGCGUCCGUCCUGCAAGUCCCCCCCCCCCGGGAGGCCGUCUAUUAUCAGAGGACGAAAUAACAAAAGAGCUUUGAGUGUUUGAAAUGUGUUGACGCACGCGUUGUUCUCCCGGCAUAAUAGUUAUUUCUAUUCAUGUAUACAUGUUUGCUCCUCGGCUGAGAGCGAUUAGACUGUUCAUCCUUCACAUGAGGCGUUCGUCGUAUCAGCUGUAUUGAUUGAGUGGAUGCAGCGUGGCUCACCUGAUGUUGACUCAUCCCUGUCUGUCCUCCACAGAGCAGGCUUUUAUCUGCCCGUCUCCGCCCCCUGUACUUCCUGUAUGCCUUCUUUAUUUUUGCCACGAGUAACUUUCUGUCUCUUUCGUCCCUGUCUGUCUCAGAUUCUCCUUUCCCUGACGACUAAUGAAUGUGUGUGACAAGGCAGAGCCCUCAGGUCUCCACCCUCCCACACAGCUGGCUAAUUAUUGAUGGUUUAAUGUGUCUUCUCCGGGAUAUGUCAAGGUUCAGGGUGUGUGUGCGUGAGUGAUGCAGACCGCAGGAUGUGUCAUGGUUGCAGUGGAGCAGUGACGCUCUCCGACUCGUAGAGUUGCAGGUGACGGUUCUCCUGAAAGGCUGUCAGAAAGCACUUGGCGUCACGCCGUCGAGGACUGAGCGGCCGCAGAGAGGACGGACCAGUGCAUGAGGAGCGUUACUCUGCUGCAGACCGCCACAGCCUGAAGCCACCCUGCCAAAUCUGGAGAGACCAUGUCUGGAGCCUACGACGAGUCCGCCAGCCAGGAGGAGACCACGGACAGUUUCUGGGAGGUUGGGAACUACAAACGUACAGUGAAGCGGAUUGACGACGGUCACCGGCUCUGCAAUGACCUGAUGAACUGCAUCCAGGAGCGUGCCAAAAUUGAGAAAGCCUACUCACAGCAACUGACGGAGUGGUCCAAGAGGUGGAGACAGCUGGUAGACAAAGGGCCUCAGUACGGCUCAGUAGAGCGAGCUUGGAUGGGGGUGAUGACGGAGGCGGAGAAGGUGAGCGAGCUUCACCAGGAGGUGAAAAACAACCUGAUCAACGAGGACUUUGAGAAGGUGAAGAACUGGCAGAAAGACUUGUACCACAAACAGAUGAUGGGAGGAUUCAAGGAAACCAAAGAGGCAGACGAGGGCUUCAAGAAGGCCCAGAAACCCUGGGCCAAAAAGCUAAAAGAGCUCGAGGCUGCCAAGAAGUCCUACCACAUGGCCUGCAAAGAGGAGAAGCUGGCGUCCACCAGAGAGGCCAACGGUAAGGGAGAGGCCUCGGUGACCGCUGACCAGCAGAAGAAACUCCACGAGAAAUUGGACAAAUGCAAGCAGGACUCACAGAAGGCCAAGGAGAAGUAUGAGAAGGCUCUGGAUGAGCUGAGUAAGUGCACUCCACAGUACAUGGAGAACAUGGAGCAGGUGUUCGAUCAGUGCCAGCAGUUUGAAGAGAAGAGGCUGAGCUUCCUCAGGGAGGUGCUGCUGGACGUCAAACGCCACCUCAACCUCACGGAAGACCAAAGCUAUGCUACAGUGUACGGAGAACUGGAACGCACCAUCACGUCGUCCAGCCCGCAGGAAGACCUGAAGUGGUUCAGCAACACCAACGGCCCCGGCAUGCAUAUGAACUGGCCCCAGUUUGAGGAGUACAACCCAGACCUUACCCAUAACAUCUCGAAGAAAGAAAAGUCAAAGAAAGGCGGCGAUGGAGUCAUGCUGACUAACGUCACAACAGCAGUCGACCAGGCUCAAGCUGUAGACCGGGGAAGUGUCAGCAGCUACGAGAAGAACCAGGCGUACACGGCCUCCACAGAGUGGUCGGACGAGGACCAGACUGCCCCGGACGAGGACCAGAUGGCCCCAGACGAGGACCAGACGGCCCCGGACUCGGGCAACGACACCAACGGAGGGACCAACCCCUUCGACGAGGAAGUGGGGAAAGGUGUGAGAGUGAGAGCGCUGUACGACUACGAAGGCCAAGAGCAGGACGAGCUCAGCUUCAGAGCAGGGGACGGGCUGAUGAAGCUGGAGGACGAGGACGAGCAGGGCUGGUGUAAAGGUCGUCUAGACAACGGGCAGCUGGGUCUUUACCCGGCCAAUUACGUGGAGCCGAUGUAGCCGAUGUAGCCGUUCCAGCGGAGGGCAGAAGACCCCGGACUGAACCGUCCAGUCAUAACUGCACAUUUGCCAGAGACUUGAAAGCAAAGCUUCCUCUUCCCGUCGGGCACGGUGACCUGUCUUCAUCUCAGCAUCACAGAGAAAACUUUACUGAAACAAGUUCAGGAUCACAUAGUCAUCAUCCACACACUGCAACUGAAGCAAAAAAAAAGAAAUAUUUCAGUCUCUUUUGUGUGUGGCUGCGUUUGAUUUCAGAUGCGACGCUAACAUGCCAUACAGUAUGUUCUCUCCUCAUCCUAUUGAUAUGGUAUCGUCGGUUGUGCCUGGAUAGCGACAAUGAGCUAUGCAUUGUGCAUUUCAUGUAUAUAUUUUAAUCUUUUUUUUUUUUUUUUACAGUCUGGAUGCUUGUACAGUUUUGGUUUUUUCCUCAUUGAAUAUCUGUGAAAUAUUUACAUGUUUAGCAUGAAAGGAAUAGUUUUGGAAAUGUGCUUAUUCGCUUUCCUCCUGAGAGUGAGAUGAGAAGAUCGAUAUCACUCUCACGUUUGUACAGUAAACAUGAAGCUACAGCCAGGAGCCGGUUAGCUUAGCAUAGCAUAAAGACUGGAAAUAAUGGGAAACAGCUAGACUCUUUUUGAAGGGAACAAAAUCGGCCUGCCAGCACAUCUAAAGCUCACUUAUUAUAUCUCCUUUGUUAAUCCAGAGAGGACGACUCUCUCAGUGUCGGACUUUUGAAAUGCCUUGUUUAAUCCCUACAAAAUUUAAGUGAAUGGACUAUAUAUACACUUCAGUUUUGGUAAUCAUUGUCCCUGGCCAAGAAAGACAGCACAACCCCCCGCCCCCACUAUACUUUUUUUUUCUACCAAUUAAACGAACAAGAUACGAGAUGUUAAUUGGUGAGCUUCAGAGACAGAGCCAGGUUAGCUCCUUUCCCCCUGCUUCGUGUCUUAUGCUACGCUAAGCUAUCCAGCUGCUGGCUCUGGCUUCAUACGUGUGUGCAUAAACAGUGCAGAGUGGCAUCAUUCUUUUCCUCCAUUACUAAUAAGCAUAUGUCAAACUAUUCCUUUGAUGGAUUUAGUUGUUUUCCUGCCGCACUCCAUAGCAUGUCACUGAAUUACCAUUUUGAACCAGAUUUUAAAAAAAGACCGCUCAACAUCAGUAAAAUAAACACAGUGUCACUAAGCAGAGCUCCUCUUUGAAAUGGAAAUAUGUACUCUACCAAACCGAGCAGGAACUGUAUACAUUAACCUCCACUGUCCCACCCGUCACUGACAAGGUGCCGGUUAUAACUACAGCAUUUCAUGUGGUGUCUUUACGUGCAGACUGUUAAUAACACAGGAGCCAUAAAAAGAAACAAAGCCUGGAAACUAGCUUCAUUUCACAACCGAGGUUUUAUUUAUUCUUUUUUUUUAAGUUCUGCAGUUACAUGUUUACUACGAGUGAAUGUCAGUGACUCGGCAUUAUCAGCUUCCAGCUCUUAUCUCUGUGAUUGUGUGCAUGCUGAUGCUCCCACACACUGUUUGCCGCUCUGAUCUGAACCGAUCCGGUGCAUGGCCUCAAUUACUUUCCUCCAAAUUUCCUCUUUCCUCUAUUUCGCUGUGCACCAGAACCACAAGCUGCGUUACAUAUGCACAUCUUUAUAGUUUAAUCAGAAAAUGAAACUUCCUA